AUGGCUUCGACCCAAGCUGCGCUGCCGUUCCUCACGCGCAACUAUUCAAACACGCAGACCCAGUACCCUCCACCGCCCAACGGCCCUUGGCCUAGUCGUCGCACUUCACUCUCCAGUUUCCCAGCUUCGCGAUCGCCUUCGUCAAUGUCCAACACAUCUCGCCCGUCGCGAUCUCCCCAGCCGCCUCCCAUUGCCGAGACGGACCGCUCCUCGAACCCGAGCUCAAAGUCAAAGACACCGUCCACUGGUGUCUCGUCACAACACUCGUCGCUGUCUGCCCCGAGGCGAUACAAUCCGGAUGCGCAUCCUCCCCGCAAGUUGCGCUCGCAAUACCCGCGAGGUUCCACCGAGAACCAUGUCGAGUACAUCUUGGUGGCCUCGUUCGAUAUAGAUCGGGGCCCGGUCAUGGAGCACCAAUACCCUGUUUCCAUUACCGGCGACGAGCAUAUGCUCGCAGAACUCAUGUUGCCCGAUCAGGCCCAUGUUCGGAAUCAGGACUGGACUAUUUUCUUCUUACACAAGGACACAAGCCAAGAGGAAGAGGACGAGGAACGUAAGGCGAAAGAGGCCAGGAAGAGGAGAAGAAGGCGUUUGCGCAAUCGCGCUGCUGGCAUCGUCGACGAGGAAGAUGACGGCGCGGACUUGGACGAAGAUGAGGGGGACCUUGAUGACUUGGACGAAUACGACGACGAGGAUUCCGACGACGGCGAACCCGAAGGCGGAGAAGGCCCGCCGUUGAUCUAUGUUCUGAACCUGGUCAACACAAAGCAGGACAAAACGGUCAAGAGAGGUGCUGUUGUCAAGGCGAUGGCAAUCUGCACGAGGCAUCCCUUCCUGCAUAUAUACAAGCCCCUUUUGUUGCUUGCCUUGGACGAGUACUUUAAGGCGCCCGUUCCCGAGACGCUGGCGAUGCUCUACGAUGCCGUCAACGCAAUGGACCUGUCUCUCAUGCCGAAGCUUAGCCUACUUGAGAGGCACCUGCUUUUGGCUAGUGACAACAAAGAUCUGUUCGUGGAAAAGUUUGAGCAAAUGAUUCAAAUGCGGAUAGCCGAGGACCGCGGCGAACACCUCUCAGAUCAGCCUUUCGAUGCAAGUCGAGACCCUCCAAAACUGCCGGGUGUUUCUAGAGCAGGAACAAAAGCGCACGUCGAAGGUGCUUCGCAGUAUUCGGUUCCAAGGGACACACACGAGUUUGAAAGCAGAGUCAUGUACAAGGGCAUACCAAUUCCCAUCAAAGUUCCCGUCGCUGUCAUGCCGGAAACGGUGGGCGACUUUUCUUUGAUCAAACUGAUCCAGAAGUUUUCGGAGCCACAAGGCAAGGCGCCACAACCGUUCCCCCUGCAUCCUCAAUUGACGACAAACGGCCCGCAUACGCACCCCAUCAUUGUAUUGGUCAAUGCGUUGUUGACGCAAAAGCGGGUGAUCUUCCUGGGGCACAAUAUGCCAUCAGGCGAGGUUGCGGAGGCAGUCUUGGCGGCCUGCGCCUUGGCAUCCGGCGGUACGCUCAGGGGCUUCACGCGUCACGCGUUUCCUUAUACCGACUUGACCAAGAUUGAUGAUCUCCUCAAUGUUCCCGGCUUCAUUGCUGGAGUCACCAAUCCGACAUUCGAACUGCACCCCGAGUGGUGGGAUGUAUUGUGCGACUUGCCUACAGGCCGAGUCAAGAUCAGUAGCAAGAUCGAUUCGGCUCCAGUAACGGAGGGGAUGGUCUACUUUCAACAGCAAAACCCGUCAUACGCUGGGCUUGUCGGAGGCACCUCCAAGGUCGCGGCCGAAAGUGAUUUGACAGGCGACGCGGCUUUCAUGCAAGAUAUCCUACGAAGUAUCGCGGCAAGGCACGGUGAGAGAGUAAUACGCGCCAAAUGGCGAGACUGGGUUAUCAAAUUCACGCGAAUCGCAGCUGCGUUUGAGGAAAGUGUGUACGGCGCAAGUGCUCUUUACAUUGGCGGCGACGAACUAGAGAUGGGUCCGGUGGGCGUGAACGGGCACGGCUACGUGUGGCCUGAUGAACAAUCGAAACACAAGGAGCUUGCGGGUAAUGUGACGAGGAUCGAAGGGUGGAGGAACACAAGGAGCUACUACAGCUUCAUCCAGGAUCUCGCACUGCUUUACACAGUGAGGCCGUUGAAGGGCCUCGACUUACACCACAUGCACGACCGACUACGGACACAACGGCUCAACCCGAUGCAAAGCAAGGAAAUCUACGCAGCGUUUCACAAGUAUGUCCACUCUUACGACGAGAUCUGUUUGCUGUUGAGCGUUGCGCCAGAGUCGCAUGCUGGCCUGUUCUACGUCGCACUUGGCCUCUUCCACAAGGACCGCGAAGUGCGCCUCAAGACGGCCGACCUGCUGGAACGCAUUGGCGAGCACGAGGCGGGGCAGCACUGGUGGAAGGCUCUCAGCCGGUUCGAGAAACUGGCCUACAACCGCAUUCGCAAGGAGAUGGACGCCGAGAUGCGGGCGAAGCUCGAAAAGGAGGGCUUGAGUCCCGAGGUGGAGAAACGGGUCAGCUAG